UCUUUUGGAACGGUGGUUCGGUCACCGCUAAUAAACACCAAAAUGUCCUUUCAUUUUUUUGUUUUUGUUUUCAUUUGCUUGUUGCUGUUAUGAUCUGAACCAUUCAUUUUAAGUUAGGUCCGCAAAAAAUCUAUCGUACCCACUGUAAUACCCAGAGGUACUGCAGCACCGGAUUGAAAUCCAACCUUCCAUGUCGAUCACAGUUUCAAGGAAAGACUAAAGGACCUCUGAAACCCAUGCAAAUCUAGAAUGUGACUCUGUAUUUCACUUCUACAUUGAUCAACCAUGUCCCUCUCUUUAAGACCCAGUCCCUUCACCUCACCUCCACAACUCCGCCAAAGAAUUUUCAUCGUCAGACACAAAACACCCGUUAUUUCUUUAAGACCAAAGUUCACAAAUUUACUCACUAUCCCAGCUGUUUAUGGGAAUUCUGAACAUUUUCCUGUCACUCCGUCAAAACCCAGAUGGGAAAACUUGUUGUAUACUACAAAGCUCAGAAAUUUACCCAUGAUAAAAGCUGUUCAUGGAGAUUCUGAACAUUCACCUGUAACUCCAGAAAAACCCAGAUGGGAAAACUUUUUAGCUACUGCAGCGAGCUUGUACCCUCUUUAUGUGAUUGUUGGAUGGUUUGUUGCUUGCUUUAAGCCGUCUGCUUUUGCAUGGUUUGUUAAGAGAGGCCCGGCAUCGUAUAGCUUGUCUCUUUCCUUGAUUAUGUUGGCAAUGGGUAUCACUCUAGAGCUCAAGGACUUGAUCCGUCUGUUCUUGGAAAGGCCCCUUUCAAUAUUAUUCGGUUGUGCUGCUCAGUACACGAUUAUGCCAUCUUUUGCAUUGCUUAUUAGCAAAAUCCUGGGGCUUACGCCAUCACUUUCAGUUGGCUUAAUAUUGCUUGGUUGUUGCCCUGGUGGUACUGCCUCCAAUGUGGUGACCUUAAUUGCUCAAGGGGAUGUUCCUUUGUCUAUUGUCAUGACGUCGUGCACUACUCUUGCAGCAGUACUUUUGACUCCUCUUUUGACAAAGAUACUAGCAGGAACUUAUGUUCCUGUAGAUGCUAUUCAACUUUCUAUCAGCACCCUGCAGGUGGUGGUUGCACCAAUUCUGUUAGGUUCUUAUCUAAAGACCGCAGUUCCUGCAGCGGUGAAAAUUGUGACGCCUUUCGCACCACUUUUUGCUGUUUUGGCUUCAUCACUCCUUGCAUGCAGUGUAUUUUCUGAAAAUAUUGUCCGGCUCAAGUCAAUGGUUGGUGCACCGUUGGCAUCCGAUCUUUCUCCACUGCAGUAUGCUCGAACAUUAUUAUCUGGUGAACUCGGGGUUGUAAUGCUUGCUGUGGCAUUAUUACAUUAUGCUGGUUUUGUACUUGGGUAUAUAUCAGCAGCUAUUGGUGGGUUUAAAGAACCACAGCGACGAGCAAUAUCAAUCGAGGUUGGCAUGCAAAAUUCUUCCUUAGGCGUGGUUUUAGCAUCGUCCCAUUUCACCUCACCAAUGGUUGCAGUACCUCCAGCUGUGUCUGCCGUAAUUAUGAAUGUCAUGGGUAGCAGUUUGGGUUUCCUUUGGAGAUACAAGGAUCCUUCGGAUUCAGAGAAGAGCCCUAAAGCUAAUAAAAUUGAUGAUUAGUAACUUUUGAACCCCUUUUUAAGUUUUUACAGAUUCUCUAAUGGAAUUAUUAACAUAGGUUGGUUUCUGUUUCGACAAUAUUCCAACUUUAAUACCUCUUUACUUUUUAAAAAACAUAAAUUUUUAACAAAAUUAUAAGACACACUACCUUAAUUCCUUUC